GCUCAGCCCCUCUGCAAUCCUCGCUCUCUCUCUCUCUCUCUCGCUCUCUGCCUGCCACGAACGAAGACGCCACAGCCGGUUCUGCCAUGAACGGGUCAGGUUCGGGCUUCCUGCCGCCCUUCGAACAUUUCGAUACCGACGCUCUCCAUGUGGGUCAGGAGCCAGAGCAGUGGAAGUGCAUGGCACUGGUGCCCAUGAUCUCCUUAUCCACCACCUUUAAACAGCCUGCUCCAGCGCAGCAUGUGGGCUUUGAAUACAGUCGCAGUGGGAACCCCACGCGGAACUGCUUAGAGAAGGUUGUUGCAGCUUUGGAUGGAGCGAAACACAGUCUCGCAUUUGCAUCUGGUUUGGCUGCUACAGUCACUAUCACCCACUUGCUGAAGACUGGUGACGGCAUUGUUUGCUUCAGUGAUGUAUACGGAGGUACCAACAGAUAUUUCCGUCAAAUUGCAACAGAACUGGGUCUGCAAAUUUCUUUUGUGGACUGUGAAACACUGAGUAGUUUGGAAACGGCUAUAAAACCAAAUACUAAGCUCGUGUGGAUUGAGAGUCCCUCCAACCCUUUGAUGAAGGUCAGCGACAUUGCAGCGUGUGCAAAAAUUGUGCACAAACACGAGGGCGUCAUUUUGGUCGUGGAUAACACCUUCAUGUCAGCCUAUUUCCAGCGUCCUUUGGCCCUUGGUGCUGACAUGUGUAUGUACUCUGCAACAAAGUACAUGAAUGGUCACAGCGACGUAGUCAUGGGUUUGGUUUCCAUGAACCGCGAGGACCUCUACGAACGAAUGAAGUUCUUGCAAAACGCUCUGGGCGCUGUUCCAUCUCCAUUUGAUUGCUACUUGUGUAACCGAGGCCUGAAGACCUUGUCUCUGCGAAUGAAACAGCAUUUCAAAAGUGGUCUUAUGGCUGCUCGCUUUUUGGAGGCCAACCCGCGAGUGGAGAAGGUCCUUUUCCCAGGCCUGCCUUCCCACCCCCAGUAUGAGUUGUUGAAACGCCAGUGCUCUGGGUGUUCGGGCAUGAUUUCCUUCUACAUCAAAGGCGGACUGGAAAACAGCAAGAUUUUCCUACAGAGCUUAAAAAUCUUCGCUCUUGCAGAGAGUUUGGGAGGAUACGAAAGUCUUGCAGAACACCCGGCUCUUAUGACCCACGCUUCUGUGCUAGCAGAAGAUCGGGAAGCUCUAGGCAUAAGCGAUACCUUAAUCCGAUUAUCGGUUGGUUUGGAGAACGAGGAAGAUCUCAUUGCAGACUUGGACCAGGCCCUGAAAGCAGCAGUCCCGGAGAGCCAAAUGUGAAGGAAGCCAGUGUCAAGGCUAACAGUAAAUCACUGCACAAACUGGGUUGGAACGGCCUUCAGACAGCGAGAUCACUGGCAGGGAAAAAAAAUAGGUGAUAGCAACGAUGCCUUCGAAUCAUAACCAUUACAAUUUCUGAAGAGGCAUUUCUCAAUAAUUUGGAGUCUGCAGGUACAUCGGAAUCGGCAGUCACAGCACUUGGAGCUUGACAGAACCUGGUGACCAUAGACAUAACUCAUUAUCCUUCAUAUUAUUAAAUUUUCUGAGAGUCCUUUCAAUCUGUAGCCUCCAAUAAUGUAAUUAACUCGGGGAGAGUGGAGGGGGUGGGGUGGUGAGGAGGAAAGGAAAUUACUUGUUUUCUUAUUUUGUUUUCUAUCUAGCGCUCAGGGUGAUGUUUUGCAAAUAUCUGUUUGAAUGUAAAGAUUAAAAAUGACUCGUGAAUUGUAAGCCUGGAUUUACACGUUGCCAAUUUUCAUUAAAGCUUAUCAUGG